UCAGCUCAGACCCAAAAUGCUAAACUCUUUUGCCUUCUUCUUUCUUCUCAAAUUCUCUCUAGAGGAUCCAUGAAUCCAUCCCCUCUCCCUAUCUAAUCUCCUCUUCUUCUCCGCCGUUCACUCUGUUUCAGAAGCUUCUAGAAGCACAUCAAUGGCAGAGUUCAUCUGUCUAUACGGAAAGGACAGUGCAUCGAUUGUAAUAAAACAACCAAAGAGAUCACCUUUGUUCUUGAGAAUGAUAGUUUUAGUGUUUGCAAUGAUCUGUGGUCUCUACAUUUGCUCUGUCUGCUUAAAACAGUUUACUUUACAAAGCUCACAACUUGUUCCAAGUCCUAUUACUACGCGGAUUCAUUACCCAAAGCCACAGACUUUCAAUAGAUCUGAAUGUGGGCACAACCCGGUGAGGUUCUUUGCGAUACUAUCAAUGCAGAGAUCAGGAAGCGGUUGGUUCGAAACAUUGUUGAAUAGUCAUGACAAUGUUAGUUCUAACGGAGAGGUCUUCUCUGUUUUGGACCGAAGAAAGAAUGUUUCUUCAAUCGUUAAGACUCUUGAUAGAGUUUAUAAUCUUGAUUGGUUUACAAGCGCUUCAAAGAACGAAUGCUCUGCUGCAAUUGGAUUCAAAUGGAUGCUUAACCAGGGUUUGUUGGAUAACCAUGAAGAGAUUGUUGAUUACUUUAACCGGAGAGGUGUCUCUGCUAUAUUUUUGUUCAGAAGGAAUCCUCUAAGGAGAAUGGUUUCUGUGUUGGCUAAUUCUUAUGACCGUUACGCUAAGCUGUUGAAUGGAACUCAUAAGUCUCAUGUUCAUUCUCAUGAAGAGGCAGAUGCACUUUCUAGGUACAAGCCGGUACUCAACUCAACGUCUUUGAUCCAUGAUUUACAAGAAACAGAGAGUUUAGCUGCAAAGGCUUUAGAGUAUUUCAAUACUACUCGUCAUAUGGUUGUCUUCUAUGAAGAUCUUAUAACAAAUCGGACGAGACUGGAACAAGUUCAAGAGUUUUUGAACAUUCCUGUGAAGAAUUUGUCAAGCAGACAGGUGAAGAUACACAGAGGAAACUUGUCAGAUCACAUCAAGAACUGGGAAGAUAUAAACAAGACAUUGAAUGGGACUGAGUAUGAGAAGUUUCUACGAGCAGAUUACUAGUUUUUUUGAAAACUAUGUAGUAAAGACACUCUUUCUUCUACGUUCAGUUAAAGGUUUUGCAGAAUGCAAAAUAGGGUCUUUCUUGUUUUGAAACUUCAGUAUUCUCAACUUGUUGUAUAGUAACUGGAAGAUGUAUUUGCUUUUUGAUUAAUUGCUCCCUUUUAGAUGUCAACUAAGUCGCUUUGUGCAAAA